AUGAAGACUAUCCCAAUUGUCCCAUCUUUAUCCUCCAUUCCAUCUACCGAUGCUUCUCUCAAUACAAACAACUUUUCUGGUUCUUAUUUUCUCCUGGAUAACGCGAUAUCCUCUCUUCGUCAACUUCACUUGCUUAUGAGCCAUAUACACCGACUCGUGCCUGCUUUCGGCAAUACUUCAUUCAUUCUGUUUGAUGCAACUGUAACAGGCCUUUCUACGGAGAAUGUGCAGGCUGGUAUGCCUUAUUUGCAUGACACUUGGACAAUUGGGCCGGUUCGGGAUAUUCUAUCUCGACUUUCCAGGCUUCUGAUCCGUCUUAUGCAUGGCCUUUGUCAUGUCAGCGUUCAA